AUGUCACAGGAUGAAGGUGUUAUUUCUACCAACGACGAUGCAAGUGCUUGCAAGAGGUAUAAAAUUACUGAAAAUAGCGCUUUCAAGUCCGCCCAACAAACAAAUCUAGUUUAGUGAUUCACGUUCAAUUAUUAUCUUUCAUUUGGUGGUCCAUGUUUUAUACCCACUCUAUAGUUUAAAGUCUGUGCUGUAUAUACAGUCUACGUCUUAUACCCAGACCAGAGACGGUAGUCCGCAGUCCUUAGUCUGUAUUUUAUUACCGCCGGGCCUCUGAUGAGAUGUGACAAUGGGACAAGAGAACAUAACAAGAAGGCAAGAGGCUGGGCGUCCAAAUAGAGAAGACAACAGGACAAGUAGGCAUUCCAUGAUAAAACAAAUCAGCAAGACAAAAUAAGAAGUAGACAUGAUGAAAUAACAAGUAGACAAGAUGACUUCACAAGUAGACAAGUCAACAUAUAAAAUAGACAUUGAGUUAUUUUUUACCACUCUAUAUUAUCUUCAGUAUCUGGUGAUUUUUUCCCUGUAGCUUUCAGUUGAGCCAUUAAAAACUGCUCAGAUCUGAGUAUGUUGCUUCAACAGACACAAAAGGGUGGUGUUGUAUGUGGUUGCUCUUCACCUCUUUGCAACCUUGGUCCUUCUCUGUUUGUUUCUGUCUCUGUGACAAAUUCAUUGCAAAAAUUCUGGCCGUUCAGGAACACUGAACUCAAAUGCCUUUGAAACUGUAUUUGGUAAGAUUAGGUGCCUGGGUAAUAGCCAUUUUUCUUAUAAACUUUUCAACGACUUUGCUAGUAAAUAUUGUAGGGCAAUGUGAACUUGUGGGUACCCCUCUGAGUAUGUCGGGUAACAUGGAAUAAUAACCAUGUGGGAAGUAGUUAAAAUGAGACUGUAUCUGGUAGCAGAUUAAAGAUGUGUUGGUCAUUUAACACCACGUUUUAACUGAGGAUUGUGGCGUUACACUGGUGGCAGCAGAAAACAAAGACAAACUUCACGGAUAUCUGGGUUCAGUGGUGAUAUAUCUUUGUUUGUGUGACUGAACUUUACUGUUUUGCAUUAUUUUUCAUUCAAAGUCUAUUCCUGAUUUUGCUACCGUGGUUUCGCCCAUUUGCUUUGGUGGAAAACUCACCUGUGGAUUCAGGAUUCAAAGAAAUAAGUUGUUUGACGUCAGUUAAUCCUUUAAAACCAGGGAACCGGUUUACAAUAGAGUCUGUUUCAUCCGUAGACUCAUCAGUGAAUAUGGAAAGUCCAAGUCAGUGCUUUCAAUCAGCAAACCCGUUUGCAUCGCGACUAGAUCCAUCAGUAAAUAGUAGCAGUGCGAGACACCUAUUUCACUCCACAAACCCGUUGCAUGAGAGUGUCAACAGGAUGCUAAGUAUCAAAUCAGUAGAAUAACUUUAUAAGUCUUAUUCCACUGAUUUGUUUACACACUGCCAAAAGUUUAACAAGCCUAUUAAAAAUCCUGUGGGUUAUUAUGGUACUCAGUCGUUGAGUGUUGCUCUGUUGUUAGUUGUUGGAGCCGAGAAGAAGCUGCUUCCUUUCUUGCACUGCAGGCCUUCGAGAGAAGCACAAAAGGUACUUAAUGGUAUGUCUGGUAGCGAUUGUCGAAAUUACACCAAAAUUGUUGACAAAUUGGAGCUUUGGUUUGGUGUUGAAAAACAGCGUGAGUCACACCAAGCGUGUCUUUCUAAUCGUCGCCAAUAAGAAAAUGGGAGAUUUCAAGCUCUUGCUGCAGAUAUUCGGUCUAUGUCCAGUUUAGCUUAUCAGGAUUUAUCGCUGGAUACACAGAAAGAUUUGCCAUCCAGCACUUUUUUGAUGCACUCAAGGAUCAAGCUUAAAUUACAUAGAGAUAAACCACGCAUCCUAGAGGUGUUUCAUCUGUUGGAUGGAGAUGGGCAAAGAACUUCUCUGAAGGUCUUCUCUGUACAUGAAGUUGAUAAAGAACCUGAUUUGUUUAAAGCCCAGUUGGACAUGGUACACUCUAACAUUCAAGUGCAACAACAGCGUCAGGAGAUUCAGCAAGUUUUCCUACAACAGUUAGUUGAGCAGACCCAGUAGCUCUCCCAGUCAUUAUCUCUAAACACCUCUGGUAGCCAACAACGCCAACUUCCUUCACAUUACUCCAACAGAAACAGUCCAUGCUGGAAUUGCAAAGAACUUUGUCACUACCGUUGUAACUGCCCAAAGCACUUGUAAGUCACUUGACCGAGCCAACCUGGUCGGGACUUGGGAAAUUCCACCAUGGUGUCCCCCAUGGGCCAGGGGGAUGCCUAAAUGCGAGUGAUGUUGGCUCCACAACUAAUAAUGAUGUGAACAAUGCUUUCUCUCUGCCAAUGUCAAAGCAGGAAAUGACAUGUCCUGAUACUCCCAUGGAACGGUCACAUAUUAAUGAAAAAUUAUGAGGCCUUUAUUUGCCAGGCUUUCUUGGAGGAUCUCGUGUUAAGUGGUUAAUAGACACUGGUGCUGCUCAUUCUGUUUUGUCAUUCAGGGUUUAUAAUUCUUUACCUACCAGUGUUAAGUUCAGUUUGAGUUCAGGAAAUUCUGCCAUUGCUCUUGCUGAUGGUCAACAAGGGAAAAGUGGUGUGGUUCAUGUUGUACUGUGCCCGGGUACGGUAACAGCGAGUUUCAAAUGCAUGUAAUUGUUGGUGAAGUUGAGGAUGAGGGCAUUUUGGGUAUGGAGUUCCUCUCACAAGUUGAUUCACGUAUUGACAAUUGUGAAAAAUCAAGUGUCCAUUAAUGGUGAUGUGUUUGAUUGUUCUGAUUUCAAGAACCAACUCCUUAGUUUGAGAUGUAUGGUUCUACAGUCAACUGUGAUUGAACCUAACCCUGAGGGGAUUGUUCCAGUAAUCGUUCAGAAGCGUUCAUGUAACUUACAUCCAAAGUUAUUUCAAUUAGGUAUGCGAUUUUUAGAACUGUGCCUAAACUCCACGUGCAACAAAAGGGACUUUAUGUUGCAAGGAUUCUGGUUGAUAUUAAGGAGGACAGAGUUGUCAAUUUACGUGUUUUCAGUGUUUCUAAUGAAGUGUUUCACUUGGCUGGUGAGACUGUGAUCUCCCUACCUAAGCCAGUUAUUGAUGUCACCUCACUAGAGCUUAAUGAAGAGGACCAGGAGAGUGCUAGAGUAAUAAAUGAGCAUGUGUCACAAGGAGCAGUUGAUAUGACUCUACUGGAGGCCUUGCAAGAAUUCCUUGAGAGAAACACUUAUUCCUUAAAUGGCAGUAAAACUGAGAGACUGCUGGAGUUGCUGUUCAAUUACAAGCAUAUGUUCUCAAUUUCAGAUGGGGACUUAGGCACCACACACAUGGUCCAGUACAGAAUCGAAAUGGGCAAUGCACUUCCAAUCCGAAUACAACCCUGGCAAAAUUCACUAUGUAAACAUGAUGAGAUAGAAUGACAAGUCACCAACCUCAUACAGCAAGGAAAGGUGAAAGAAUCAUCCAGCCCCUGGUCUUUUACGGUUGUGCUAGCAACCAAAAAGGACAGUAGCCAGAGGCUCUGCAUGGACAAUUGCCAGCUAAAUGCAGUGAUGGUAAAGGAUGCCUUCCCCUUGCCGCGAUUUGGUGAUUCUCUUGCUGCUUUCAGUGGCUCACGAUGGUUCUCAACCUUUGAUCUUGCUUCUGGUUACUGGCAAGUGGCAAUGGAUGUCAACACCCAGGGAAAGGCAGCAUUAGUAACUUCAAGCAGCUUGUGUGAAUGGACCAUGAUGCCUUUCAGCCUCUGCAAUGCACCCAGUACCUUUGCUAUAUUGAUGGAACUUGUUUUGAAGGGCCUACAUUGGAAGAUUUGCUUGAUCUAUCUUGAUGAUGUUAUUGUUAUGGGGUGCACAUUUGAAGAAGAAUUAAAGCAGUUGAAAGAGAUGUUUGAGCGACUAGCCGGGGCAGGACUACAGCUUAAGCCAAAGAAGUGUUUUCUCUUCCAGAAACGGGUUUCGUACCUUGGACAUGUGGUCACAGAGGAAGGUAUUGCUGCCGAACCUGAAAAGGUGGGGCAAGUUUGCACCUGGGCCAUCACAGAGAUCAAAAGUUUCCUUGGACUUGCCUCUUAUUACCACCGAUUCGUCCCUGUUUUCUCAACCAUAGCUAAGCUGCUGUAUGAGCUAACAGAAGCCAAGAUGGAAUUUGUUUAAACAGAGCAAUGUCAGUUAGCUUUUGACAGCCUGAAGGGUUUACUUAUGUUGAGCCCUGGCCUACCCAACCAGGGAGAGAAAGUUUGUGUUAGCCACCGACACAUCAGACCAUCAAAUUGGGGCAGUGCUAUCAGUUUCAGGACCAGAUGGAAAAGCCCUUUGUGUUUGCAAGUUGGACAUUGUCCAAAUCUGAAAGGAGCUAUUAUGUGACCCGUUGUGAGCUUUGUCAAGCAACACUGGUAUUACCUGCAAUGUACAAGAUUCUGCAUUUGAACUGAUUGUACCCUUUACCCUUUGUUGUCCAGGCCAAAGACCGCGGGUUUAAAGUCACAGAAAUGCGUGUCUCUGGUUGAUGUGGGUAUUUAGACUGUGAUGCGUGCCCCUAACCAGCACAAUGAACAACCUGUGAAUUGUGAAGGACCUGUUGGUGAUCGCUGUGCCACUGUCAUGUUGGAACUAACCUGGACCUCCACCUUCUUGAGGGAACAGCACGAAGCAGAUUCUGAUCUCAAAGCUUGCAUGUUGGAUUGAAUUCUCUAGUACUGAGUGAGUGAGUGAGUGAGUGAGUGAAAACUUUAUUUACCCACAGUAAAUUUAUCAAAUAACUUUUCAUAAAGCAUCUGUUCUACCUAAAAGCCGUGCGUUAUUUAACUUACAUAAAGAUAUAGAUAUAUAUCUAAAAACUAAACUAAGAAAGAUCGUACACACUGUUAAACCUAAUGAUAAAAAACUUAAAUUAUGAGGCUUGUGUAGAUAGCAAAUACGACCUGAUCUUAGCCUUAAAUUGUUUUAAAGAAGUCUCUUCCUUUAAACUGGAAGGAAGAGAAUUUCCAGAACUUAGCACCUGCAGUAGCAAAACUAUUCCUAAAAUAGUUUGUUCUUGCUUUUGGCACUAUUAAAUUCAUUCCAGAAGAGCGAAGGUCAUAACUGAGCCGGCUUGUAUUAACAUCAAACGUCAAACUUUCAACUUCAAGGUAGUAUCGACCAGGACAUUGACAUCUGAAUGCUGAUGCACUUUCCCAUAGACCCUGUGAUAUCCGUUGUUAGUGGUGUAAGGGUUGUAAGUCACAGGAACGAGUGUCUCUUGUUGAUGUGGGUGUUCAGACUGUGAUUCAUGUCCCUAACCGGGACAAUGAACUACCUGUGAAUUGUGAAGGAUCUGUUGGUCAUCGCUGUGCCACUGUCAAGUUGGAACCAACCUGGACUUCCACCUUCUUGAGGGAACAGCGGGAAGCAGAUUCUGAUCUCAAAGUCAUUAAUCAUUGGAAGGAAGUCAGCAAAGAGAAACUGUUGUGGGAAGAUGUGUCGCCUCAGAGUUGUGCUGUGAAGACUUUGUGGUCACAGUGGAAGUGCCUGUUUACCCAAAACAUUGUGCUUUGUCACAAAUGGGAAAGUGGCUGAGGAGAACAGACAUUUGACCUGCUUAUUCUUCUCGAAAGCUUCUGACAGACUGCUUUUGAAUCUCAUCAUACAGCUGUAGUCUUACGACUGCAAGCCAUUGUUGUCUUACUGGCCAGGACUUACUUCAGCAGUUCACAUAUUGGUCACCAGGUUCCAGCCUGGGGAAGAAAGCAUCAUGCUCCUUUAAAGCAGUACAUGGUAGGACCUCCCAUGGAACGAAUCACGAUUGACAUUCUUGGCCCACUGCCAGAAACCUGUGAAAGAACAAAUUUAUACUGGUGGUUAGUGACUAUUAUCUACUUAAAGUUACCCAAUACCAAACCAGGAGGCCACUACUUUUGCUGAGAAGCUAGGGAGCAAGUUCAUUUGUCGUUUCUGUGUACCUCGUCAACUUCAUAGCAACCAAGGAACUAACUUUGAGUCAAAGGUGUUUGUUGAAGUCUGCAGACUUAAAGACUUUGAGAAGACUCACACCACUCCACUGCAUCCCCACUCUGACGGAUAGGGACCCUGGGGCCUCCACUGGAGAGAUGGAUUCCGAAAAGGCAGAUGCAGCUACCAAGCCCAAGAGAAGAGGGGAGAGAGACAUCAGAAGUGGGUUUAUCAGUUUUUGUCGACGACAGACAGUCAGCUCCAGUUAAGGAGGGAGAGGGAGGUGAGCAUGACGAAACAGAAUCUAUGGAAGGAGUCAAGGAUGAUGUUUUCCCGAAACUUCUGAAUGCUGAUCGCACUGGGGAUGAUAACAGUGACAAGCCUGAGGAUGUGAGGGAACCUGAACCUUGUGCAGAAUUGACAACUUUUGUUGUGGAUGCCCAUAACUAGGAGGGUGUCGGCUGUCAAACAGCUGAGUCGACUGUACAAGGUUUACCAGGGAAUGAUUCCAGUGUUUGUAGGAGACCUUGUAGUCGACAUGGAAAGUGGGUGACUGAUAAACCUGAAGUGUUCAGGGACUGAUAAGCAUUAUAGGACAGUCUAGGCAACUAGACAAGUACAAGUUAAUGCCAUUCAUUUCCUAAGAAUAUUUCACAUUUGGAAUGUAAUGAACAGUCAUUAGAGACUCUUAGUCCGUUGUGUUGAAUUGAUGUUGUUGUGAAUCAGUCAGAAGUGAUUUGUAAAAUAGUGGACCAGCACUGGGACAGUGCUUUAACAAGGGAGGAGUAGUGUAGCGCUAGGCAAACCCGAGGGUAUACCCCCUCUGAGUACAUCACGUGACAUAGCAUAAUAACCAUGUCGGAAGUAGUUAAAAUUAGACUGUAUCUGGUAGCAGAUUAAAGAUGUGUUGUUGUUUAUUUAAUGCUGUGUUUUAACUGAGGAUUGUGGCAUUACAAUAUACCAUCUGAACUUGGUGCCCCUGGGCUUCUAACAAUGGACCCCUCGGGAUGAUGCAUUUAUUUAACCAGCUUACAAGGAGAAACUGGUUUGUUAUCUUACUUCUGGCAUUGGCUGGUAUUUCUCUAUGAAGUAAGUGAUAUUCUAGGUUGAAGUGAAGCCCUUGAUUUUCCUAGGGUUUAUCUUCGAAUUAGAAGUUCUUCAUAUGUUUGUCUUAGUGGAGGUUGGUUCUUUAUCAGUUGCCAGUUUACUGAUGGUUGCUGCAGUGUGUAUGUAGUGUGCCCUUUGUUUGCAAAGUCAAGGUCGCAGGUAUCACUGGGUAUUAUCUAAGAGGCCUGACCACCUGAGGACCCUAUGCUAAGGUUUGUCACACAUUCCACUCGGUAAAGUCUCUGUUUCAAAGUCCUGUCAUGCAGACCAAUUUGGACUUAAAGAAACCAGGAACCAAAUUAGAAAAAUCUAAAGCUACAUCAGAUGCAAAAUCCUUCAAAACUGCUGUUAUUAAUUUUUAUUGAAAACCAACUGCAAACCACAAAAGAUACCAAAACCUUAAAUCCCAAGUUUUUGAGUGCAAAGACUGCAAAUUAAUCUGACCAAAAAAAAAAAAAAAAACUGUGAAAACAAAAAUUCUAACUUCACCUUUUAGGCUAUGAUCUAUUAUCUUAGUCUGCAGAGGAAGUGGAGACCAACUUGCAUCCAUUCCAGGGCUCAUUCAUUUUAUUGGAUUCAACAAAUCAUUUAUUCUGACCUUGUUUGUUUCUUUUAGGUUUGCUGUUCAGCUAGGUUACUGGUCAGACAAUUACAUUCAGCACUUCACAAGGCUUGGAGAGAGAAAGACUCCAGAAAUCAAUAGAGGUAAUGCUCUAUAUCUUACAUGAUUUUCUAUGUUGGUGAGCAAGGAUGGUGCAGUUGUGAGAGCACCCACCAGUGUGACCCGGGUUCAAAUCCUGGUGUCAACAACAUACGUGGGUUGAGUUUGUUGUUGGUUCUCUCUCCCUUACUCCAAGAGGUUUUUCUCUGGGUACUCUGGUUUUCCCCUCACCUUUAAAACCACCCUUUCCAUAUUCCAAUUUGAUCUGGAAUGCACAGACACAUUUCAAGGAGGUAUUAAGAACUCCUUAGUGCUCCAUGGGCACGUGCUCUGGGUUCAGUGAUGGUAUUUUUUUAUUGGGAUGGGACCCCAACCUGGAGGGCCAGGCAUUGCAGUUUGUCUGGCCUUUCACCUAAGACCUGCCCAGCAUGGCUGAACCCACCAGGCACUAGGGUCCCAACUGAUACAUCUUCCAGGGUUAAUCAAGACACAUAAAGUUAAGGCACAAUAAUCAUGUUUAUAAAAAUUUUUUUUAGGUUAUUAUGCUCGUGUUAAAGGAAUGCGAACUCUUUUGGACCAAUUUCUCACACAGACGCACUGUAAAUGUCAGGUUAUCAAUCUUGGUGCAGGAUUUGAUUCCCUUUUUUGGCUGUUAAAGGUAAUGCAAAUGUCUACACGUGAAAGCACAGGUGUCCCAAGCUCAUGGUAAGAGGGUAGAUACGAGUGAGUGGGUGACGCGUUACAUGGAAUCAUUGAGGUGUUGUAUGAGAAAUAAAAUACUCCUGAGAUCUGCGAACAAGGUAAAAUACUAUGAUAUUUAAAGAAUAAAGAAGUUUUAUCUUUGAUUUAUUUCUGCGUGUUUUGGUUUGAAUUCAUCAAUUUAGUUGGCUUUUUGGCUCCAUUGCUUUAUCCCUGUAACUCUGAAUGACUGAUAGGGGUAACAUAAUAGAGCUAAAAAGUUUACUAAAUUGAUGAAUUCAUACUGAAACACACAGAAAUACAUCAAAAAUAAAAUUCAUCAUCGUUUGCAGAUCUUAGUAUUUUAUUUCUCAUACAACGUCUUAAUGAUCGCUUGUGACUUAUGCUGUACUAACUCUCUAGCGUCCACCCUUGUAACGUGAGCUUGGGGUGCCUGUGGUGAAAGGCGAAGUAGCCUGCAUAGAAGAGGCAUAAUUCUAAGUUGUUUUGUUUUUAUUUCAAGUAAAGGAGGAUGGCUUAUUGCCUAAGCUAUUUGUGGAGAUAGAUUUUGGAAAUGUAACCAGCAGAAAGUGUUACAGCAUAAGGCAAGUUAUCUUUUAUCCUUUUACAUUAAAUAACAAUUUAUUAAUUUUAUUCACAGUGUUUUCAAUAGGCAACAUAAUGAUUCCUGUGUGUCAAUCCUAAGAGUUAUAUCAUUGGAUGCAAAUUUUUUCUUCGUUUUCAUUGGCUGAGAGCCCACCACAUGACCUCUAAAGAACUGUCUACAAAUAAUGGUCUGCUCAUGCGCAAUGUCGUCCAACUGUGUUUGGCUGCAAAUAACAUUCUGCUCAUGCCUUAAUGAAGCAACACUUUUCUCCUUCUUGCCAUUGCUCUUGCAUGAAAAUGGCAGACCGCUUCACUUCCCAAAGAUUUCGUUAAAGUCCAACUUGGUGAUCGAAUAAUAAAACAAUAAUAAUUAUUGAACAAUAAUAUUAUUGUUCAAUAAUUAUUAUUGAACUUGGUUAUAAUGACAAAAAUUAAUAUUGUAUUGUGAUUGAUCUGCUUGCCACUGACAAAUCACAAUAUUUCGCUAAACCUCAUCCAGUAAUAGUUAAUCAUCUGUAAAAAAUAUAAGCACAAUUUAAUGAUGUACUUUUUGCUUCUUUUAUUCUGUUUUUGUUCUUAGGAUCAGUUUCAAGUUUAUACUGAUGCAGGUUUUGAAGCCCAGAUCCUGUGUGCUACAUUAAUUUCAACUUGUUGCUGGGGUUGCACAUUCUGUUUCUGUGUACUGUGUAAGCCUUUUUCUUCUCUGUCUUUAGGGCAAGGAGAAAGCUUCAGGAAGUCUUUUCUCAAGAUGAUGGAUUGAAAAUUGGUUAGUUUUCAUAUAUUGAAAAAGAUAAACUAUUAACUAAGAAAAGCCAUGAAGACUGCAUACAAGUUUUACCUCAUGAUAAUAAAAGUUAGGUUCAGCAAAUGAAACAAGCAAAAUGGAUAAAACAGUCAAAGGACUUGAUUCAAUGAAUAAUUUAUGAAAAUAAACUGACCAAUUUUUCAUGGUUUUAAAAUCUACUAGUACUUAUUGUUUUGAUGAUGAAAUGUGAAGUUUUGAUUUGCUGCCAUUUGCCAUCUAACCCUGCAACUUUCUGGAGCCAUUAAGUUCUAAUGAGUUGAACAAAAUCCAUUCAAAUUAAACGUCUUAACAGAAGCCUGUUAACUUCUAUAGCACUGUUUGCUUUUAAAAAGGCCAUUUGCAUAAUGGCGUCAUUUUACUACUGUGACCAGAAUCCUUUCUGUUUUUCCUUUCAUAUUUAAUUUAGUAAUCCCGAUAAGGUUUAAAUGAAAAAAGCCUUCAUUCGGACAACCCUGCUCUCAAAGGACUUUGAUCCUAGUUAUUAAAAUGAUGUCAUUGCGCCGAUAGCCUAUUGGACCACAACUAUUUUUUUACAACUUCAAAAAUGAAGAUUGUCUUGACUUUUGCAUCCUUAAAGAAACAAAUUAUCAUUAAAUCAAUAUUAUUUGCUUUAUUGCAGAAGGAAAUGAAGCUCACUCUAAAAAUUAUCACCUACUGGCUGCUGAUCUGAGAGAUAUAAGUAUACUUGAAAGCAAAUUGAAUGAAAUUGGGAUUGAUAAAAGGUCAGUGGACCUGGGGGUUCAGCUGCAAAUUAUUUAUAAUUGCAUGUGCAGGGCUCAAAAUAAUGGCUGGUCAAUGGAUAAUGUCCGGCCUGAAAGGCAACUUGAUUGGCCAGGAACUUCACUUGCCGGUUAUGUCGACCGGUCACAGACACUCUCAUUCUUGAACAAACAGCCAAUUCCUAACCUGUAAAUCAUAGAUUUUAUCUCAGUUAUCAUGUUCACAAAUAGAAUAUUACACAAAGUUCAGUUGACUUUUUUACCCAUAUGUUUGACCGGUCAGAAGGGGAAUUGUCUUGAUUGAGCAAAAAUUUCAUUGCCUGGUAUUUGUGUUGCUUGUGUGCAAAAGGAGAUGUCUGGAAGCACGCAAGUAUUGCGUCCUGCUACCAUCCAAAAAUUAUUUUGAGCCCUGAUGUGUAUGGAAAAAUUUUUGUAGUUGGCAAAGGGACUGGAUGAUCAUUGUUUUUUGCACCUUUUCACCUUGUUUAUGUCUUGCCAUUACUGUAUUUUCUCAUGCAGUCUUCAAGUUGCCCAAUGGACGCAGCAAGUUUGGUACUAUUAUAAAGAAAAAAUAAUCAAACUUACAUGUAAUGUUGGCCCAGUAAUUCCCAGCAAUAGGUAGUGUUAAGUUUUCCUCAUUUCUAAGUGGCUUGCACUAAUGUUAGAAGUUCAAAAUCUAAGUUAACUCGCCAUUUGGCAAGUUGACUUUUAAUUAUUCUCAUCCUGCCAGUAGUCCUACAUUAUAAAAUAUGAUGGAUUGAUCAAGUUUACCCUGUCCCCCCUUAGUUAAUUGAUUUACAAAAAUGUUGUUAGUGAUUUAAGAAAUGUGAUUUUCAAAUAAACACUUCCCUUGAAUAAUGACCAUCCUUGAAAUAUUCUGCAUCAGAAACGCUAAAACUUUGAUAAACAAUGUGGUGUUUAAUCGAAUAAAUAUGGUAUGUAACCUACAUGAUUAUGAAGUCUUAUAAUUUGUGUUUCAGCCUACCAACAGUGUUCAUCACUGAGUGUGUGUUGGUUUACAUGGAGCCUGAACAUUCAGCUGCCAUAAUUAAUUGGGCAGGAGCAACUUUCAAAACUGCUCUUUUUAUUAAUUACGAACAGGUAAAAAGGUCAUAUUCUUAACUUCUAGUGUCUUAAAAACUCACUUGUCUUUUAGCCAGUUACUAUAUCUGGAUCUGUAAAAAGAGGAAAUCAGGACCAAAUCUAGUGGGUUUUUUAAAACAACUAAAACUUUUUAAUGAAAUAGAAUCCAAAGCAACCCUUGAUCUACCAAAAAAGUGGGACCUCCUGAUAAAUAUUCUUCAAAUACCUUUUUCUAACUUACUGCAAUCUUAAAAUUCAUGAAAAAACCAACUCUCUUACCCCUGACACUUGCAGCUAAUUCCUUCAGUUUAAAUCGAUUUUUUCCAGUCUAUGUUGAAUGUAAUAUUACUAGUUAGUCAAUAAUGCUUAAAGUAUGUUACUCCGCUUUUUGUAGAUGUACUUUGAUUGAUUAUGUAUAUUACUUUUUUUGUACUAUGCACUAUUUUUUUCUUUUAUUUAUUUAUUUGUUUUUUUUUUUUGUGUUCCAUCUAAUAAAUUGUUAAAAUAAUAAAAUAAACAAAAACUUCUAGCGUCAGAAUAGUAUUCAAGACAUGUUUGUGUAAUAUGUAGUCUUUUUCAAAGAUUAUUUUUUCUGCUGUGGAAAUAUGAUGAGCAAAUAAUGAAAAAAUAAUAUGCACUGAGAGCAAAGAGUUCCUGGAAAUCUCAAACAACUAAGCAAGAUGUUUAGGUAAUUUCAAUAUAAUUUUUGUUUUUCAAGACCUCUUCCUGUUAUUCCAUCUUUUUUCAUUAUUUACCUCUGUAACAAAAAGUUUUAAUUGUGCUUUGACCAGUCUAUAAACAAAACUCAGUGGUGUGAUUAUUCAAACAGAACCCCUCUUCAGCAUUUCAUUUAACCAGUGCUCUUUUUACAAGCCACCUUGAUAAUGAAGUAGUCCUUGAUAAAGAACUGGUAGUUAUUUUUUUUGUUUUCUUUGUUUGUUGUGAAAAUUGAGAAAAAAGUGAAGAACAGCUCCCCCAAAAAAAUUUCAGCCGACAGUUGACCAAAUUGAGGUCAUUUUAUUGAGAAGUGAGGAGUAUAAAGUCUUCAAUAAACUAACACUGAGUUUCACUGAAAUUAAAUAAUUUAUUUGUUCAUUACUUCUUUUCUUUGGUUCUUUUUUUAACUUCUACCUGUUUAAAAUGGAAAUGUAUUAUUGCCUUUAUAUACAAUUUUAAAUAACAAGCCCAUUGAAACGUUUUGCCAAUGUCAAGUUUUAUUUUUCAAUCUAGGUUUUCUAAUCUACACAAUAGCAUUAAGUUUGAGGUUUCCCACUUUAACCUAGAGGUGGGCAGGAAUUCAUUAAGAUAUAGGGGAGCUAAAUAAUAAUAAUAAUGGAAUUUAUAUAGCGCUUAUACAUUGCUGUUCUAAGCGCUUUGUUCUGGAACUCCAUUCCAGACAAUUUAAAAAGAGCACUAAGUCUAAACAUUUUUGAAAAAGCAGCUUCUUAAGAAAAACAGACCCUUGUUCGACAAUAUAAAUUUCAACAAGAUCAAAUAGUAUUUUAAUUGUUCUUAACUUUUAGUCUUUUAUCUUACCACUGUAUAUUUAUUCUUUUUAUAUACAUAUUUUCUGUACAUUUUUUUGUAUUUUACUUGUAUAUCAUCAAUAGAUAGUUUAUCAGCAGGUCCACAUCAGCUUUAGCUGUCUUUUAACUUAACCUGCUUUACCAAAUAAACUAUGAAUGAAUGAAUGAAUGAAUGAAUGAAUAAUAGUUUCUGUUUCUUUACAGGUGAAUAUGCAGGACAGAUUUGGUCAAGUUAUGAUCCAGAAUCUCAGAGUAUGUAUCAUGUCAGUGAGGAUAGUGUGAGAUGCAUUGGAUGAUACGAUGCAUUCAGUCUUCACUCAUUUGCACCUUUGCAUUAUAACUGGGAAUGGCCAGAUGCCAUGUCCUUCGUGUCACCUUAUAUGCUAGUUAUUUUGUGUUCUGUUAAGUUUUUGUAAUUAUUUUGGCUGGUUAGCCAUAGUCAAAAACACAUCCGUGUUUCGUGAAGGAAAUAAUUAAAUGUUUUGUGGAGGAAUUUGUUCUUAAACUUAAGAUGUAAAACAUUAAUGUGGGUAAUCACACUUUGUUAUCUUCAUGUCUGUUGAAACUGUUCCAUACUUGAUAUUUGUAUGAUAACGACGCCUAUAGCCUAUGAUGUUAACGUUUCCCAGGGAAUGUAGCCAGACUGUUUUGCAUAAAGUGGGUUAAUUUAUACUUUUUAUACUACUUUUGGUAGAAAAGCAAGACAAAAAGGGAUCCUUCCACUUCUAAAAAUCCUAGGUGUCCAUGCUCUCAACCAUAAGCUAAACUUAUAUGCGUCAUUGCAGGGUAGAAAUUGUGAACUUCUUGGUGCAUUUGCUUGUCCAGAUCUUGAAUCACAUGUGAGUAACUAGAUCCAAACUUCACAAUCUAGCUAUUAGAUUAUCCAAUAAACAAAAUACACAUUACAUUUGCAUAUAUUUAACAAUUAUUCCACGAGUGCACGUUGGAUAUGAGAUGGUAGAAUCAUCUCAUAUCCAACAAGCGCGAGUGGAGUAAUUGUUUUAUUAAAAGCGCCUACAAAAUAUCGAGAAUUCUUCCCGACUUUAGUUAUAAAAACAACUGAUUUUCAGCUUGUUUUUAAUUUUGAGCAGACGCGUACAGUUACCAUAUUUGGAGAGCAUGGUAUAAUGGCUCAUAUACUAUGAUGGCUAAGCCAAUCAGAGCUCUAGAAUUCCAUUAUCCAAUGAUUCAGUUUUUAAUAAAAUAUAAUAAAACAAUGCUUGAGUGUCAAUAUACUUAGCACGAAAGUGCUAAUUGGGGUCACUAUUUUAAUCUCCCACUGCAGUCCCUGCCAUUUUAUGUUGUCAUUCGAACCGUGCGGUUCUCUAACCUUCUGCAGGGCAAAAGCGGUACCUUCAUUUCGCCGUUUUUUAAAGACCCUGAGUCCGGCCCCGGGAAUCAAACCCACCACAUUCCACUCUUAAGUCAAGCGUCCUACCGACUGAGCUAAUCCUGUCGUGGUUUAAGUCUUAAGUCAGAUCUGGAUUUUAUACACAGUAUUUUGGACACUUCAUCUGAUCCCAAAGAUCCCAAACUUUAUACAAUUCAUACACACCCCUAUACCAGGCAGACACUUGGCUCUGUCGCUUUAGUGCAACCAUGGACGUUAAUUUUCCGAUAAGUUUUUUUCGUUCUUUCUCCACUCAACAGAGACAAAGAUUCCUGGCAAAUAACUGGGAGAGAGCAGAAGUUCUUAACAUGAUGAAUGUCUACAACUGCCUACCUUUUAAUGACAGAACAAGGUUUGUCUGUUUGUGAAAUCACUUUGCAUGAAUCUGAAUUUUAGUUGAUUGUAGUCGUUUGUGGUAGAGGGUAGUUUGAGUGAGAUUAAGUCUAAGAAAUUUGACCGAUAGGCCCCUUCCAACAGUUAAACAUUUGUUGAGAUGUUGUGAAUUUUGGCAUCUAUUACAGUUGACUUCGUCCACAUGCUUUGUAACUAUUUUAAUUUGUCAUGUCAAACAUGUUAAUUUAGUGAUUUAAAUUAUUUGUAGUGACUGUUAAUAUAACCCAGUAUGAUCUUAAGAUCUCUCAGAAUCUGUCGACAUUCUCCUAUUCUCCCAAUGUUUUGAUAGUAUGGUGACUAACUGGGUUUAAGGUAACUGUAUUGCACCAGCAGUAAAAAGUACCGUAAAAUUCCGAAAAUAAGCCCCGGGGCUUUUAUUUUUCAAAGGUCCUUUUUGAGGGGCAUAUUUUUCGAGGGGUUUAUAUUCGGAGGGACUUAUCUACGGAGGGAGAUUUGCGUUUCAAAAUCGAUUGAGCUUCCCUUAUAGAUGGAAGUAAAUUUACUGUUUUUGCUUUGUUUCACUUUGUAUUUGAGGGCAAUUUUCUAAAUACAAGCCCCCGGGAGGCUUAUAUUUGGAGGGUCGAUUUAACGGAGGGUUUUUUGCGUUACCGGUUUGGGACGCUUAUACAGCUAGUUCGAGAAAGGUUGUCGGAAAAAGUGCACGCGAUAAUCCCGAAAGGUGUUGUGGGUGGUUUUCAGUUCACUGUUUUUCAAAGAAAUUAGUUUCUUACCGUUCUCUGCGGUACCUGCAUACAAACGCUCCCGAUUUCCUUUCUUUGUUUUUAUCCAAGCUGUCGAUCAAUGUCAGGAACACUGUAAUGAUCAUAUCCCAUAUUACCUUUCGGGGUUGCCUCGUGCACAGUUUUUGCGACAACCUUUCAAGAAAUAGCUGUAUUUGGAGGGGCUUACACAUGGAGGGGCUUAUUUUCAGAAUUUUGGGGUGUGCAAAAAGGCUUAUAAACUGCAUUUCGUUACUUUUUUCAUCAUAAAAUUGCCAGCUAUGUUAGGGUUCAGUUUCACUUUUCCAUUUAUUUUUAUUUUCAAACAGAAUAGAGAGAAUCGAAUUUCUUGAUGAAGUUGACCUUCUACAUCAGUUACUUUCUCAUUAUUGUAUCGCUUGGGCAGUGAAUGAUGCUUCACAGCUUGGUGAGUAUUUUUACAUUUAUUUUUCUUGUUCCCUCUACAAUCGCUGAUUCUAGCUUUGCGUGGUGAUCAUGGGAGAAGGAGUUAUCACAGUGAUCUGAUUCGGCUGUCUUUCACCAAAGGAACACCGUGGAAUUCCAAGAUCGGAAUCGGUUAAUACUCAAGUUAAACCUCGUUUUUGUUUUAACGUCUUUUUUUUUGCGUUAAUUUUCUUCGUUCUUUCUCUUAGUUCUACACUUACAGAUUUUUCAAGUGCCAUAACCACGUUAAACAAAGUCAACAUCUCUUAUUAGUAAAAUCCAACUAGCAUGGUCUAUUAUCAAUGCUGCGUUCUGAUUGGUUGAGCUACUACUAGGCUAUAUGUUAUAGCCCACUAGUAGCGAAAGCGCCGGCUUUUUGGCGGCAAAAAAAGGAUUAAAGUCUAGCUUUAACCGGCUAAAGUUGUUUUGUCUCGAUAUUUUUGACCAGCUAGUUGGAUUUUACUAAAACAAAUAUUCCUGUCACCCUCAUGGCCUCUGAGUCAAUAGGCCGAAAUUGUUAAUUAUCAUUGUCAUUAUCAUCGUAAUGAUUAUUAUCAUUAUUAUUGAUGUUGCUGUUGCUGUUGUUGUUACUUGCUGCUCCGAAAGCGAUAAGGAAGUUAUAUCAGUAAUCAAAUACAAAAGAAUCGCGGUGAAUAGUGGCCGCCGGAGUGCAGCCUAGUACGUUACUCUUCUGAUCACGAAACACGGUUAUAACGACGAAGAGGUUGACGACGAACCUAACUUUCUCGUGCGUUUUUGAACAUAAACGUCUUUUUAAAAAUGUUCAUUACAAGAAAACCUGAAAAUACGUUGUGUGUUCUCUAGGUUUAUCAAGCAUUGCUUUUUGAGAGGAGUUAUAAGCUGUAAUGAAAAUGGCAAAACGUUGAGCCUUGUUCAUUCUUGAAGUUUGCUCGCUGCUGAAGUGCUUUGAAACCUUGAAGCCUUAGUACAUGAAGCAAAGACAUACCAGUCAUUGUUCGAGUCAGUACCUGGUGUAUGGUUGUGUACAUUUCUUAUUCCACUGGUUACAACUACCCCUAAAUGACUCAAACCGACAGUCUGAAUCGUGUGCAAUAGAGCAAGUGAGGAGAGCAGUGUGAUAAAUGAAUUGUUGUUAUUUAAUAGUGAGUAACUUCUAAUUUAGCACAAGCUACUAUGAUUCUUAUUAUAAUUUAACAACGAUGACGUGAAUUGCUAUAGAACAAUAUUACAAUAACAUUUCAACAUCAAGCCAGGUAUGGCAUCCCCUUGCACUAGGCAGAACGAAUUUAAUUGAGAAAACGGAGGCAUUUUUAGAACUUGUAUGACUUACAGGCUAUUCCUUUGCAAAAAUAGAUUUUAUAGUUAAGACUGUCUGAAGAAGAUUGUUUUUUGCAAGAGCUAUUUUUUGUAAUUUAUAAAGUAAUCAACAUGACUUCGUAGGUUACGUCUCCCUUAAUUUUGGAUUGUACACAGAGUUUAGUCUUAUUUGCUAAAUAAUAUAUGCCAAAAGGGUUUGUACCCCUCUUAAAAACCGCUCUAAACAUAUAGGGGCCAGCGGCCCGUAUCUCGAAAGUCCCAGUAACUUUUCGGGCCCGAAAUAAUGUUAAAAAGAAUGUUAGAGCAGGCUCCGGCGCCCUAACCAGUCCAUUUUGCUUCGUUAUCUGGCCCCAGUUGUUCAAGAGGUGGAUAGCACCAUCCACCGCAUAAAUCAUCAAAAACAGACAUGACAUGACACUGGUACGGUUAUUACGUUUAACCAUUACGGCUAUUUAUACACUGUUAUAUUAUAUGUAAUCCUUCAUACGACACUGAAAAACUUGACACUUCAUUGUAGGCGAAACGACUUAGGUCAUGUAGGCGAAUCGACCUGAGUGUAGGCGAAACGACUUGUACGCGAAACGACCGGUUUCCAAUCUCUGUCCAGUGGAUAGUGUGCAAUUGGUUAUCCACUGAAUAGAGAUUUAUCCGGUGGAUAGCGCUGUCCAGCUUUUGAACCUCUGGAGCUUGAUGAUUUUAUUGUAUCCUUUUCAGAGCUAUUAUACCGCGAUCUUGAAUCCAAACACUGCAAACAUGAAACAGCUUUCCUGCCCAGUACUUUACGGGACCUUCGAGAAACGAGCUUCAGGGCCUUCAAUAAAAUGUUAUCUUAAGUUAUUGUUUCUUAACAUUAAAAACACAAAAAUUAUGAUUUUUCGUAGCUUGAAUCCGGCCCCAUCUGAUCUGUUUUUCCUCAUAAUGCCACAAUUUAUUUGGUCAUGUUCAUGCUAAUAAAGGAAUUUAUUACAAAAGAGAACCUGUCUUCAUUUUAUAACUAUUUCCUCCUUUGUUUCAUUACAAAUGUAAGGAGAAUUGCGAAGAAAGAGGUGAACCAUUCCUUCCGCCCCUUGCGGCUUCAACGCUCGCUUCGCUCGCCAGAAAUGGAGAACUUGCUCGCAGGCCAGUAGGGUCGGUGGUGUCCUGGUGAUUGGGUGUCCCAGUGUCGAGGUUAGCCUGCCAAAACAUCAGUUUCUCCUCGCUCUUCGUAGCUGGGGACGUUCCGCGAAACGUCCCCAAAGAGCGAGGAGAAACGGAUGUUUUCGCAGGCUAUGUCAAGGUAUCGCCGCACCCAAACAACUAGUGAUAUCGCUGCUGAGCAGGUACUGGCCCCAUCCAAGAGACUUGCCCCUUCUAAUUUUGCGUAAGUGUCUUGGGUAUCUUUGGAUACCCUCCCGGUAUACAAAGAUGUCAAGAUCUGUAUAAGUGAUUUGGGUGUCCCUUGUCAGUUUUUUACGCUGUGGGUGCCGUAACAUUGUCCCCUCCCUUAAUUUCGAACCUAACCCGAGAUGCCAAAUUGAGAGAAGACAAUAAAAGAUUUCCAUAUGUGAGGGUUUUUUUGGUAAACGUGAAUAUACUGCUAAAUAUCAUUAUUUCACAGAGUAUUGCAACAGCAACAAUAAAUUCAGGUACGAGUGGGUGAAAGAUACUGUCAAAAUGUGACAGUCAAUUUGACCAGGCGUGGUUCUUCUUUUUCUACAACCCCACUACGCUUCCCCCCACCCCUUAAAACAAAGGCUCAAAAUCGCAAAACCAGAGCCCCCUCUCUCAGCUCGAAAUGGCGGGAAACGGCUAUCUCCACUUGUUCGGCUAUCCCUACCUGAGGUGUGUAAGGGAAGAUAACAUGAGAUCUUCCAUGAAAUUCUUUUCCUUUCUGUGUCAUAGUCAUGGGGUUUGAUAAGUUACCAUACAUAGAGUAUCUAGUCGAAAUUUUCAACUAGGAAUUCGCAGGCUCAGAAGCACUACGAAAACACAAACGACGAUGAAACGGUGGAAGUGUCUUUGCGACGGGAUUUUACCCCUUUUACCUGGAAUCGCAAGGCUUUAGUCAAUAUCAUAUGCAACAAAAGGAUUAAAAGCUUGCAGUGUUCGUUUCAGUUUGGCGGCUGCCUUUCCACGGGAAGAGCAAGCAACUUUUGAGCAACUCUCUGCAGCAGGUACGUAAGAAAAAUCGCUUCCGUUCAUGAAAUGUCUUCGGGUUUUCGUUUUUGAAGUUUCAGUAAAUCACAAACGAUGCGGAGAAGGAUUUGCUAGAAAAAAAUUGACAAGUUGAGGUAGCUUGGUCUUGACAGCGUCAAUAUCAACAGAAUUACUUUAAAGAUCCGGUCAGAUCAACAAGACGGUGUAUAUGAUUUGGACUUUAAACUUUAUUACCUUUCUUAGUUGCUACAAACAGGGAUGUCAUGAAAUGAAAUAAUCUUCGGAAAAAUUUAUGUGUUAUGACACUCUGUAGAGUUUGUUAAAUUCUCCAUCCAUAUGUAACACUAAGAUUUGAAUGUGAUAGUUUUUUUGGGAGGUUGUGCCCGUUAUUACAGUACUCUGGUCCGAGGCCGACAUUUCCUUGAUGAAUGCCGGAACUUGUGACAGGAGGCAGAGGAUAACUCCUUUGGGGUGUUAAGAAUGAGUCACCCUUCUAACAAGAGCUACAACUCUAGAACACUCUGUUGUGUCUAUACCUCUGUGUGAUCUGCACCAAGUUUAGAACUUUAAGGUCCUUAGGAAUUUUUGGAUUAUUUGUUCCAAGUAUUUGAAUGGAGUGCCUGUAAACUAUCUGGAUAUACUACAAUUAGGUACACUUACCACUACAAACAAACCUUUAACUUUUAUCUGUAAAUUGAUUAAUUUUUACAGGUAUGCAACAGCCACAUUUGUGUCUUGUGCCUCAGUUGUGAUUGUUAAUUUUGUUCUUUUUAGCCAGAUCAUGGAACAAACUGAUUUACAGUGUAGCUGCUGCUUUGAGUUGAUGGUAGAACCUACAACUCUCAACUGUGGACAUAGCUUUUGUCGCUUCUGCCUGGCAAAGUGGUGGGAUACAUCAAAACGUGCCACAUGCCCUGAUUGUCGGCAGCCUUGGGUGGGCUUCCCUAAAGUCAACAUUGUAUUAAGGUAAUUGGAGUGUGCUGAAUGAAAGAGAGAAUUCUUUGCUAUUGAUUGGCUAGAAAAUACGUUGUGGCAGCAAAAUAAGGAAUUUUAUAGGAGUAAGGCCUGGUUCAGACAGCGAUCUUUUCAAGUGCCAAACCUAAAUAGAAUUAGGGCCAACCCAACUUAUUUAGGCCGGCUGAAUUGGACGCCGAUCUUAAUUGCAGCUGAACUAAGUUCAAAGGCAAAAAAUGCUCAUUUCAGUCAAACUGCAUACAAAAUACACUUAUGCAUUAGGUUCGGUACAUGAAAAGUUUGGCGUCUGAAUCAAAGCCGUUCCACAGUCGCUCCAAAGGUGAAAUUCCUGGCUGGGCUAGGCGAAAAGAAUGGCUGAGCCAUUCCACAUUGAAACAGGUGUUCCUAAUAAUUGAUUCAGACGCCAAACUUUUCAUGUACUUAAUUCAAUGUAUUAAGUUCGGCUCUUGAAAAGUUCGGCAUUUGAACCCGGCCUAAGUUCCCUGGGGCUCUUCCAUCUUCCUUAUGAACCUUGCAGUGACUUUGUCUUUAAAUACAGCUGUAAUAUCCCAUCUCAAUUAGCUAUCCUUAGGCCUCUAAGGAUGUUUUGGUACUUACAGAUACUCAGUGAUCCUUUUACAUCCGAAAUGGAGAAGAAAACCACCGUUUAGGUCAGCAGUCAGCAACUGAGAUUAGUCAGCACGGUAUUAAGUGUAACUCAACCACAUUUCUACAAUGCCAAGUGAAUGGGGAAUUUUUUUAAAAGAAAAAAAAUCAAGCUAGCACGGUAAAAUAUACCAGCCAUUGAUAAGAUCACUUCAUGUAAUCAAAACGUAGAUUACUACUGUAAAACCUUGCGUAGAAGCCGCACCUGCUUGCAGAAAUUUUUAAUUUUUUUAUGCUUGUUAGUUUUAUUGAUCUCAAACUGUAAUGCAUUACUUAUAAUAAAUGAUUAAUUUAUUUUGUUUUACCUCUUUCUUGGUAAACAGAAAGACCAUCAAAUCGUUGUUUCCUGAAGAAGCUGAAGAGCGCCAGAACUUUCAGGAACUUUUGCUGGACUACAAAUCUUUGAUCACCGAAUUUGAAUCACUGAAUAUCAAACAUCAGAGGCAAUCCAGUGUCAGCGAAGGAGCACAACUUGUACAUCAUCAACAUUUUGGCUUCAAUCUACCAAAGAUCGUAUUUGUCACUGUGUCUAUUUUUGGAAUUGCCAUUGUAAGUAAAGCAUCAAGUAAAAAAAAAGAUGAAGUGUUGUGUAAGUCACAUUUGGGAUUUAAAAAGAUUCUGGUAUCAAGUGGUUUGUCUUGUCCCCCAAAUCUGGGGGAAAAAUGAUAGCAAGAGAAAGUCUCCUUUGAUGAGUAUAUUCUUAUUUUUAGUGUAAUUAUUCCAAGCGGAGCACCUCUUGAAAGUGAGGUUGAUAAUCUCGUCACGCACAAUGCAUGUGCAGUGUGGGUGACUCCCAUGAGGAUCGCAAGGCAAGCGUCAUCGUUUCUUUGCUGUAAAUCUAUCGCGUUUGGUUAGUGUCCACCUUGACAUCAUUGCAUUGUUGAUUUCCAGACAAUAAUUGAUAGGCUUGCUUUGCGCAGAGUGUUACGUUGCUUUGGUUAUAUUUCUCUGGGGGUUGGCUUUUUUAGCGCUGGAUUUAGGAGUUGAUAAGUGCUUUUUGCGAUAAAUCUCAAAAACAAAAGUACUUUUAAAAGAAAAUGGAAGGUAUUUGGAUCAUUAGCCUUAAGAAAUGAGCAAAAAUCGAGGUAACAAAACACAUGUUUUUCUCUCAUAUGAGUGUAUACCAUAUUGGCUGUGUUGGACAUCUGUUCUUUAAAUGCAAUGAAAUGCAUUUAAGCUUGGUCUUUUAGGUCCAUAGAAAAAACAGUCAUUCUCCUUAAAAUAGCUUUGAAUUCGUGUUUAACAGGGCUUGAUCAUCUUAAACAGGACGUUCUGGUGGAAGUUCUAGGGGAAAGGCUUUAAAUAGAAUAUUAUCAUCUCAUUCAUGGUACAUGUAUGUUCCCAUGUGGCAUAAGUGGUACUGAUGUGGCCCGGUGCAUAGGAGAUCCUAAGUUUGAUUCCGUGCGGAAGAACCCUUUUUUCUUUUCUUUCAUGCCAUUCCUCCAGAUUCGCUCUGUGAGGUCCUGCGAUUCAUGUAUUUCUAGUAGAACUAUUUAUUUUUAGAACAGUAACUAUUGCAGUACUGUGGAACCUCUCUACAAUGGUCAGCUUGUAGAAAGAGCUUAAAACAAGGGUUACUGCUAAAUGAAAAAUUACCCAUUGUUUACUGACGUGGCUUGUAUAAAGAGGUGGGCAUUGCAUUGGCCUCACAAGAGUUACGUUGGACCUUGAUUCCUGCUAAAUUCACAGUGGAAAUCACUCUUGUUUACUGACGAAUAUGAAUGAACAUGACUAAUGGUUAUAUAUUGGUCCAACCUGUGACUGUUUGAUCACCAUGCUGACUAGAAAAAAAAAUUUGAUGACCAGCUGUGUUUGGUAGCAAUGUGGCCAAGCUGUAAUGUUUUUAACAGUUAGUAUUUAUGGUCUUGUAGUUAAAGUGAGAUAAGCAUUGACAUGAAACAUUAUGUAUGCUCCAGUAUUUUAUAUUUUCUUGAUUUGCCUGUUUCAUCUUGUUGUCCAGGUUUUAAGCAUUGAGAUGUGCUGUGCAUGUCAAAAACAUUUGGUAGCCAUUUUAAUUAUUUUAACCUUCAUAAUAUUGACGAAAUUGUCCGUUUUUUUGGCAACCGAUGUGUUUAAUGUCUGGUCACCACAUUUAAUUUUAUGUUGCUAACAGGGGACUAAAAAAAAAAAGCUUGAGCAAUGACCACGUUGUCUAGUCUGUUGAAUUAUAUAACUGGAAUCAAGGUUAAAUUAAAUGUAACUCCUGUGUAUUGUGGACAUUGUAGAGAGGACAACAGUUACAGGUGUAGUAGAGGUUCAACUGUUAUACCUGUAGCUGUCCUGUAUUUAAGUACAUGCAGUAUUUGAAUUAUCAUGAUACUAUUGCAGUACCGGUAGUCAUAAUGACCUUGACGUUAAUAUUUACUGCAAUUAAAACAUAUUUUUAUUAUUAUUGCCUCGGUGGUUUAAAAAGACUCAACAUUAGUUUUUGAAGAUAUAGUAAUGGUCAUGGAAAGUUAAGGGCAAUGGCAAAAAUACCAGUAUAAUAUUAUUUCUAUGUUAAAUUUAUGAGACUGAUUGUUCAAUUUUUUUCAUCCACUUUAGUUUACCUAUUCAGUGCUGAACCUGUUUGUUGGAAACAAGGAAUCACUUGUUAGAAAGUCAGUACUAAGAUGGGGCACCACAGAUGUUGUCAAGUGGGUGAGAAGUUUAGGAUCCUGGGCUCAGGGAUAUGAUGAAAAAUUCCUGACGGCUGGAAUUGAUGGAAAUCUUUUGCUUUCACUGUCAGAGUAUGACCUUGAACAGUCACCUCUUGACAUGAAACCUUCCUACCACAGAAGAGCUUUCCUCAAGGAGAUUGAAAAUUUGCGAACACUGGGUGUAAAAUCCCCAACAGAUGUCUGGGAAUACAAGGUGGGUUGUCAUGUGAGAUGUAAUAACGGUAUUAACGUACUGUCUGCCUCAAGUCAGGCUUGUCCAGGGGCGUAGCCAGGGUUUUUCAAAGGAGGGUCACAGCAAGGACACCAUCCCGGGAUCGCCGACUAUAUAUGGUUUAUACUGCUGCUCUCUCUUGUGUAUCAGCGGGCUCAGUUGUAUGUUAUCGCGGCAUGAAGGCCCAUAUUAACUAAAGACAAGAGCCGUUGACAAAAAUACUUUACAAAAAAACAAAUUUUAAAGAAGUGGGCUUUUCAACAAUGGCUGUUACGGCCAAGAUAUUGUCAAGGCAUUUUCACCACCUGAAUAUUGUCGGUUGUUUGCUCAAAAGAAGGCCUACCAAGGGGGGGUCACGGGCACCCCAGGACCCCCCUAGCUACGCCCCUGUUGUCAUUUCUGGUGAAAGAGCCGUAAGAACUGUUCAACUUAAAUAUUGGUCCUUUCAUUUAUUUUUUUUUGGAGAUGAGCACAUUUAGAAAAAUUAUUAAAUGAAACUCGUCUCAUUAUCCCCUGGUACUUCUUUUGUAAUUUUUCAACGUUUUUUUGAUUUGCACCUCUUUUAGAAAAGAAAAUAUAAUAGCCUCUGAUUGACUGUUCUUAAUAAUUUUAGGCUGCUCAUCCUGUCCUUUCAAUAUUUCUUUUGUGGGGUCUGCGUGAAUUUCCAAGGUUAACAGUGGCAUCCAUGUUCUUUGCUUAUGAUGAGGAAGUGUUUCAGCCCCUUUUGUACUACACAAGUGAGGUUGAUUUGGAGGAAGAUAUAAAAGAGGUAAGGAAUAAGCUACAAACUUGGAAUAUUCUUACAGCAACAAGGACAACAAAAAAGAGCAUCAAAAUGAGGUUGAGAAGAGAACUUUAUUACCUUACCACAUUCACACCCUGACCACCCUUAACGGCUUGUAUAAAAUAUAUACCAGUAUACUGUAAUGGUCAGUUUCAAAUUGAUGCCUAAUAUGUGAAGUGGAAAGAGAUCUUUCAAACUAUACCCAAAUGAGCUAUUGUAGGUUUAGUGAAAAAGGCCCAAAAAGAAAGCACAAAAUCAUCGUGUAACUAUAACUUACGAUAUUUUGUACCCACCUGUACAGUACUUCCUUCAAAAUAAUAGAAAUAUUUGGGAAUCCUUUGGGUUUCCUCAAAAUCUUUUACUAGUGAAAUGAAGCCUAGUAAAUACCCACCAAAAGAAAAAAAGGGGAAAAGAAAAAUGAAAGAAGUGGGGAGGAGAGAAAGCAAAAGUAAAAAUCAAGGUAGGCUUGAUUUCCACCAUCUGCUGACUCUGUUCUUUGAUCCUCCCUGAAGAGAGACAGCUGGAAACCCUGAGUGGCUGAUUGUGUUGGUAUUAUAAAUUCAAAAUUUGAUUUAUGUGUCGCUGCAAAACAAAAGAAACAAAAAAUGUCAUCAGGCACUGAACACAUCUUGUUCUUUUUGCCUCAUUGUCACAGUCUUCAUCAAUAAACUCUUCAGCAACAGCUACUUAGGUUUGUAAGUUUAAUACACUCCAAAACUCAAUUGCACACCACAUCUAAGCACUACAAAAAAUAAUUCAUGCUGCCAGACCGAUAUGAGCUGUAGGCAACAAUCUGAUUGGUGGAAAUUGACAAUAGCAAACUCAUGAAUCCAGCUGUCUUUUCGGGGGAGGAUCAUGGACUCAUUUCUUGAAUGGCAGCUAAUAAUCAAACCUAAAAUCAGGGGGGGAGUGAAACUUUUGUCCAAAGGCUAUCACGGCAUUUUACCUCCAUGCAUGUCCAACUUCAAAAGUUGUAAUUAAGCACCAAGAACAGAAGCCAGAAUAGUGUAAUAAUUUAUUAAAAGUGUAUUAUUUUUUUGUCAGGUUGCCCUACCUUCAGAGGAAUAUUUGCGAUUUGGCCUUCGUCUGCUCCUGGUUCCAUAUUACCUGAUUGCCAGGUUUACAAUUAAAUGUUUCUACCUUAAUUACUGGGUUGGCUGUUUUGUCCUAGCCUACUGUGUCUUAAUGACUCUGGUGGAGUUUUCCAAACUUAAAUGGCUUCUAUUUAUGGGAGGUUGGAGGUAAGUUAAGAACAUUCUUGAUGUAAUAUAUCAAGCAUGAGAUGGAGACUGUGUUUCAUCACCAGAUAAAACACUGAGAAUAGAGUUGAAAAUCACCACGCAGUGGAGUAUUAAUUUUUUGACGAACUUGAGGUGUUUCAUCUAGUGAUGAAACACUACGUCAAAUGCUUGAUAUUACUUCUCAAACAAAAUGAGUUGAGAAGGAGAAAUUAAGGAUGCAAAAAUGAGUAGUUUUUUUUUAAUCUGAUUUCCAAACACUCAUUAAACUUUAAUUUCCUUAGCCCAAGAAAACAGCUGACAUUUGGCAAUGCCACCACUGGUUUCCCUGCCAAAUGACGUCUGAGAAAUGAGCACAGAAAUUCCAUACUGAUGACACAUCACUACCCAGAUCUGGGUAGUGAUGCUUCAUCAGUUUGGUGAGGAAACCAGUGGUAGCGUCACCAAAUGUCGGCUGUUUUCUCAGGCUAUAAUUUCCUUUGUAUUUUUGUUAUAAAUUAUUAAUUUUAUGAGUUUAAGAAAGUCAAAUGAAAAAUUUCAUAAUACAUUCCUAGAGCCCAUAAAUGGACACAGGUUUCUUUGGGCUUUGGUCAUUCAUUGCUUGCAUGUACUGUGUUUAUGAAAUAAUUAUACAAACUGUAAAGAGCGUCACUGGACGUUAAAGCAUGUAACAGGGUGAAGUAUAAAGAAGAGCUAUGCUGAAGAAACUGUGGUAUAAAAUUUAAUGGUCUUUUACAACAGAGGAAAUGGCUUUCAUCCUUGAGAGUUUCUGAAUGCAGCUACUGCACAGCCAAUGGUGUUUGGAACUGAAACAAGAGAAUUAAUUGAACUGAAUGAAUUUCCCAGUGGUCAUCAUUAUUAAUUAAAAGAAAAAGUUAUUUAUGAAUUUGAAAUUUGGGGUGAUCAAUAUUGUCACUUUAAAUCAUAAAAUACGGUAAACCCAGUUAUUAAUACAGACGCUGACAGGACAUGCCAUAGUGUCCGUAUUAACCAGCCUCCAGUAACUUGUGCAAAAGGUGGAUAAUGCUAUGCACUGGAUAAACCACUAUCCACUGGAUAGUGCAAUUGGUUUCCCUAACACUUAUCCAUUGCAUAGUGAUUUAUCCGAUGGAUAGGGCUAUCUAACUUUUAAACAACCCGGGGCUGGUGUCCAUAUUAAGGGGACUCUCAGAAGAGACGUCAUGGACACAUGUUUUAUCGAUAUGAAGGUGAAAGUACACAUGCAGACAUUUUCAUGCGAGAAAACUUUGUUUAAUUUCAUAACUGUAACUUAACUCUGUAAUGAGUUCAUUGAUCUUAAAGAAACCUGAUGAUCUUUUAUCAGAGUAUUGGCCUGGGCUAAACUUUCCUUUUAAGUCAGUGCUCUUCAACCCAAAGACUGUUUCUUAUGUACAUUAUGGACUUACGACCUGCCUGCAUAGUGUUUGAGUUUCCAUGGAAACUGUAAACAAAAUUUAGGGAACCUAAUUCUGGUUGCAGGUUUCAAAACCUCAGGCAAGAUGACAUUCAGGAAACUUGACCAGUCACCUUUUUUGCACUGAAAGUUCUUGUAUGGUCAAAAAAUGUUUCUCUUUUGUUGCUCUUUGUUCAGGCAGCUACCAACUUUGUGUGCCAACAUCACUUCAACAGCGUUUGUAAAUGGGUUAUUCCAGCUUGCCCUUUGGCAGAUUUUGCCAGCUUUUAUCUGUGAUAUUGCAUUUUACUGGAUGAUGUUUCUGGCACCAUAUUCUGCAUGGAACUCCUUCAAAGCUCGCUUGGCUGAAGAUGAAGGAGGAACAAACAUUACAAGAGAUUUUUUGAUGUGGCUUUGGAGGAAUGCUAAGCUAAAGUUACGGCAAUUACGUGUUCAAAGACACUUUUAAAACUUGCAAAUUAGCUGUUACUCUAGCCGAGAAAACAGCCGACUUUUCGUGAUGCCACCUCUGGUUUAAUUUCCCCACGAAAUGAUGUCUGAGAGAAGAGCGCAGAAAAGUCCAUAUUGAUGACAUAUCACUACCCAGAUGACCCAAUCAGAAGCUCUGCCUGUAUCUGGGUAGUGAGUGACCUGUCAUCAGUAUGGAAUUUCUGCACUGGUUUCUCAGAUGUCAUUUCGCAGGGAAACCAGUGGUGGCAUUGCAAAAUGUUGGCUAUUUUCUCAGUCUACUGUUACUACUGUAAGUGGUGAUGUACAGCUGUAUACCUAUUUGAGUGUAGAGGUGUAGAAGAAGUUGGUAACACAGUCAAGGGCUUUGAGGCUGUAUUGCCUAAUCUGACUCAAUACUUAUUUGAACUGACAGUGCAGUUAAUUAAUGUUUUUAGCACCUAAAGCAGGUGCGGAUCUAGCCUGCGUGGCAGGCGCAAAAGGGAGAGGGGGGGAGGGGAGGGAGAAAUGCGCGAAAGAAUGGAAAAGGGAAGGGAGCGCUUGCUUUAAGAGCCAGUGUUUUUGUAUUCCGCCCACCAAUUCCUUAACUAAUCUGAUAACGUCAACUGUGUAUAAGUGACCAAUCACAAGCAGGGGGCUUCUCAGCAUGGUCCAAACUUAAUUACUUCGUUUACCAGAAAUUGUCAAGUCACGAGGCUGUUUUUGAAAUGAUAUAAUAUUGAGCAAAAUAAAACAUUUUACUGUUCUUGCUCCUACAGCAAACAUGACAAACAUAGACUACAAGCGGUCUCUCUUUUUUUUACUGCUCGCAGUCUGUGACCAACAAUGAUCAGUUUUGUGUGAAUAUACAGGACCUUUGGUCUUGCCUCAUCAAACAUAAUGGUCACAAAUAUUACAAGAAUAAUGAAAGGAGUAUUAUAAACAAUUGUCCAAAAACUCGACAGAUAGUUUUUACCAAAGCUUCAGCUCUCUCUUUACAAACCAUUUAGAAGUUCAUUCAUGACAUAUAAUGUUUUUGCAGAAAAGGUGGUCUUUUGAACAUCAGCAUUGCAGAUGCGUGGCAAAAAUCGCAAUCAUUCUUAUUGCCACUUAGUGUUUGGACAAAAUCGGUAUACAAAACCUACUGAGCAUCUCUGCCUGCCAAACAAGCAAUUAAAGUUGGUUCUAGUUUGGGUUUUAACCUGAAGCUGCAACAUUACUGGAGUAAUUUGAUCUUCCAAAGCUUAUGCUAGUAGAACACAUUUCCUUGAUGCCUGCAUCAUGUUUGUCUCUUAAUAAUACUUGCCAAUAAGUUACUCAUUACAGCUUAGCCAAUCAGGAUUGUGGAUGCCAGCGUCCGCAGAAAUGAACAAAUGGGGGUUCUUAUAGCAGGCUUCCCUUGUCCUCUCUCCCUAACCCCCCUGCCUUUUUCACUUCCUACCUAUCCUGUACCCCUUUUGACGCCUGCUAUGCAGGCCUGCUAGCACUGAUCUAGGAUAAAUACUGACCUAUUUCCCAACGAGUACCGAGGACGCAAGCUUCUUGGGGGCUGUUGGGGAGAUGCUCUCCUGGGUUUCCGAGUCAUCCAGGCAGGAUUUUUGGACAUUUGUCCAAACCAUUUUCCAGAUUUCAACGUGGAAAGUUUUUUUAUUAUUAUUAAAAAUACAUUUAUAGUGAAAAGUCUUACCAAUUUCUAUAAAAGGUGGACACUGGUGUGGAUCCGUGCCUGUAGAAACUGCAAGCCUUUUCCUCAGAAAUCAAUUUUAGAGGUCAAUUUGAAUGUAAUCUCUCCAGUCAGUCCUUUUCUGUGACGAGCAAUAGCCUUUCUCAGACAGCAGUGUCAUUCUAUUGAAAAUAUCACAAUUCAUUUCGUUUUUACAGUCUAAAAAUAAAUUCCCAGUGACAUUUAACCAAAAUAUUCAUUAAAAAUUAUAAUUUGCCAAUUAAAAUAAAAUCCUGAAUGCAUUUUGGUGACUCUAGGAAAAUUCGUGAUGCCAUAGUAUAGAGGAUGAAUCUUUAUCGACAAUUUACAUUCCACUAUCAUAGACUUAAAUUUUGAUGAAAUAAAAAUAAAAAUAUUAAAAGAUCCUAAAACACUAAUUUACAAGCUCAUGCCAUUAUCAACUUUCUAAAAUUAGCAGACACACGCUUGGCUAGCUUUAAGCGGCAGUCAUCAUAUGACCAAUUUGCGUUUCACUAUCAUAGACUAAAAUAGUAAAAAUGGCCUAUAAUUAACAAAAUACUCCAGUGUUGUUUUCAGUGGAGGUGGUAGCAACUUACUGUGUGUGACACCAGAUUUAUAAGUUAUGUCAUCUAAAAUAGACCACAUUUUCUGAAAUAUUAAUUUUUGCAUGCUUUCGUGUGGGAUUUUUAGUAUUAUUUGAUGUUAGCUUUUUAAAUUUCCGUUAACUACAGUACUUAAAAUAAUAUUAUACCAGUAUACUUGGAACUGUUAUUUUUUAAAAUCAAACGUAUAGUAAUAAGCAAUGAAAUUACAGCCAAUAACUAGAAGUUAUGUUUCAGUCAUGUUAGUCUUUCAGAGUUUGGUCAUCAGCGUAACUAACUGUCCUUAGGUCUGACCAUGGGGAAUUGUUUACAAAACUAACUUUACUUGAAACAACAAAAUCAGUUUUAAUUGACUUGAUUAUUGUAAAACUAGCAUGUGAGCAUUCAGGCUCUACCAGUAGUGUGAGGUUUAUAGGAAGGCUUCAUUCAGCAGACUGGUUUUCCGUCAGUCUAGCUCUGCAAGGGUUUUGCCUAAAACCCGGAAUCGGGAAAAAACCAAACCGAAUGCCAAAUGACCCUGAAGUUUAGUGAUUAGGGUUAGGAAACUGAGUGAAUCAGGUUACAUUUAGGGUCAUUAUACUGGGAAAACUGACCUGAAACUUGAUUCACUCAGGGCGUGAUCCAUUCAACCAAAAUUUCUGGAAAUUUCGGUCCAAAACUCAAUGGAUCGGUUCAGUCCAACUGGAAAAGUUUCGAAAAAACAGGUCCACCUUUUGAGGUGGUCCUCUUUUCCCGGUUGGACCGGUCUGAAUUUUGGUUGAAUGGAUCGUGUCCUCAGUGUCCUAAACCCAAUCACUAAGCCUCAGAAUCAUUUGGUGUUUGGUGCGGGUUUUUUCGGAUUCUGGAUUCCGGGUUUUAGACAAACACCUCUGUACGCAAUCAAUACAUCACUUAGGAGGAUGUUCAUAGGUUUUUUAAAAAUGUACUAAAUUGAUAUCA